AUGCCCGCAAAUAACCCGUCUGUUUCCUUUCCCGAACUCUCUCCGGUUCAGUUCGAGCUCCGCCGCCGAGCGCCACCCGAUGGAGGAGGUUCAGGCCGCCAUGACGGCGCACCUAGACCAGGUGUCUGGUCUCGUGCAGGCGCUCUCCUCCGAGCUCCGCCGCGGCAUGGGGCCCGCCGCCGACAACCUGCGCGCCUUCGUCCGCGCCGUCGACUGGACGGAGCCAUGGCUGGUGUGCUUGAUGGCAUUCCAUGUGAUUCUGCUGCUCACCGCCGUCGGGUUCAGGAGGAACGCUAACUUUCAGCUGUUGUUGCUGUUUCUUGCUUAUUCAGGAGUGUAUAUGGCAGAAAAGAUGAACAGAUACCUGGGAGAGCACUGGAAGAGCUUUGCCAGUCAGAAUUACUUCGACCGUUCUGGAGUUUUCAUCUCUGUCAUCUGGUCUGGGCCUCUUAUCUUCAUAUCUAUUGUCAGCGUGGUUAGCAGUCUCAUUGCACUAUGUCGGUUGAUGGUGAAAUGGAAGAGAGCGGAGCUUAGGCACCGAGCUCGACUUGCUCGCGACAAGCAGGACUGAGAGAAAACAAAUCCUUGUUAUUGGAGAACUGAAUGAUUUAGUGAUAUUGAUCAUUGGCGCUUUGCUGAGGCUUGUGCCAUGCGUUUGCAUCUCUAAAGUGUUGUAAAUGCUGGAUGUGCUAGCACGUAAUGGGUGCCUGCUGCUAUUGUUCUUGCUGAUCAUGAACUACUAUAAAAGCUGGGGCAUACUACAUCAGAAAACAGAUUUGGCACCUGUUCCAAUCGUGAUUUGGGUUGUCGAUGUACUCUGACGAGGGGAUGUAAUUUCAACGAAAUUGACAUAGUUUGCAAA